CAAGAUUGCAAAACAUCGUAAACAACAAAAAUGGCGACUGCAAUGUUUUGGUUGCGUGAUUAAAGCUUUAGAGCUGCUCUUUUACAUUCAAACGAGUAGCGAGCAAUGAUUAAGAAAAGAACACCGCUAUGGCAAAAGUCAGUCUCUACAUAUAUGAUAUUUCAAAGGGCAUGGCACGCCAGUUAUCUCUUCCUUUAGUGGGUAAACAGAUUGAUGGUGUUUGGCAUACAUCUAUUGUUUGUUUUGAUAAGGAGUAUUUCUAUGGUGGACAAGGCAUCACUCAUUGCACCCCAUGUGGAACCGUACUUGGUGCACCUGAUGAGACUGUUAACCUUGGUGAAACAGCGAUAACAAAGAAAUUAUUUAAAGAUUAUUUAGCUGGACUAGGGACUGAAGCUUUUAGACCUGAAAAAUACCAUCUGUUUCACCACAACUGCAACACGUUUUCAAAUGAAGUAGCACAGUUUUUAACGGGAAAGAAAAUCCCAUCUUACAUAACAGACUUACCGCAAGAAGUCAUGUCAACUCCGUUUGGUGCCAUGAUUGCUCAAUUUUUCGAGAGCGUUCAAGUCCAACCAGAGGUGUAUCAUCCUGGACAAGGUGUGAGCUCUUAUUCUGGAAAGGAGAAUCAUUCAGACUCGAUUGACAGUACUACGCAGCAGCCUGAUGUUAGCUUGAUACCUACUGUAUGUAAAGUUGAAGAUGACGAGCUCACGAAAUGCAUCAACCAACUGAAACAAAAUUUCGAAAAAUACGCAAAAAAUCUCGACAAGCUGAGAUGUGUUUUAGAAGAAGUGGAAUUUGACUUUGGAAAUGAAGACGACUUGCGAAAAGACAUAACAGAAAGUUUGGGUUGCAUGUGCAAAGAACUUGAAAGUGUCAACGGAAAUGUGGAAGCAUUCAAAUCAUUGCUUACUGUGUUAAAAGCCACUGCGCUUCAUCUGCCGAAAGUGUUCAAAUACGCAGAAGGCGAUGAGAUUAUACUUACAGUGAUCAAUAAGUUACAGCGGGGACAUGUCAACGAAAUCAAGUUACUUCGUGUAGAAUUCCUUACGAACCUGCUAAGUGUUUACGAACUCCGUAAUCAUUUGCUAGCUAUCGAAACGAUGUUGCGAACUCUGGUUACGAUAACAAUUUCAAGUAUACUCGAUGGCCCAGGUCCUCUGAUUCGUGAAGCUGGCUGUUGUCUUGCUUACUCAUUAUCAGUAGUGAAUAUCAAUGAUGAUCACACGUUCGAAUUAUCAUCAGCUCUCCUCCACAUCAUUAGUGAUUUAGAAAAAAAUACGAAAGCUAGGGAAUAUGGUAUGGCUGCUUUAAAGAAUUUUGCAAGUAAAAGUGACCAGGUAGCAGAACUGGCGCGAAUGAUUGUUCCUGAGUUGUGUGAUGGCGAGUUAAAACUGUGAUAGCGAGUUAAAAAGAGGUUUUUGGAAUUAUAUUCAAUUUGGUUUGGAAUAACUGCACAAUAGCUUCACGAUGCGAAAAAGAACGAAUUUCGGGAAUAUAUUUAACAUUAGGAUAUUUUUACUUCAACCGAAAAAGUUUGAAUCAACUGUAAACUCUAUGAAGCAAGAAAGAUACGACGUUUUAACAAACGAGUUUUUUAGGAUUAUAUUUAUAUCAUACGGCUUUAUGUGAUAUACGGGACAUAACAUCUAUUUUUUUAAUCCUAGACCAUUUGAAUAUGGUUAUUCUUAAAGCAGAUGUAUUACUCAAAAGGUUGUGUGUACUCAAAAAAGUUUUGAGCCAUUUCAGUGACAUUAAUGCUAUAAAAAGCAAGAGUUUUAGCAUAUUUAUAAAAAAAUAUGGAAUUAUUUCAGAUCUGAUUUCCUACUUUUUAUGGGCCAUAAGAUUUGAAUGCUUCUCUAUGGAUGUUAUUUUUUCAUUUCAACCUGUGAAUACUUAAGUUUGCUGUAACUUUUACGAACAAAAUAAGUUUAUAAAACUAAUAGUUAUUUAUCUUAUAAAAUUUUAGUGUAAUGUAACAAGAAUACAAUAUUUUUAUACUUUA